GACAGUGUCGCGCGCGCACAGCGAGACUGAGUCUCAGUGGCUGCCAGUCGAAACGAUAUACACACACACAAAAACCAACGCAAACGACAGAUAACAAUAACUGUAACCAAAUAAUCUGCCAAAAAAUAUUGAAAACAAAAAAAAAUACAUAGAGAGAGAGAGAGAUAGAGAGAAGAGAGUGAAGUCGCACACAGCGAUUUUUAUAUCGCAUCAUAACUCAAUGUCGUGUGUGUCUCUGUGCCAUGUGUAUCAGUUGAAAACCGUCGGAAUUGGUUUUUAUGAUGCCGUUCGCCCCCUAACAUGGAAAAGUCGUCGAAAUAAGCACACAAUAGCUCAACGCGGAUUCCGAAUCGCCCAUCAUGUGCUGUGCUCAGAACAAGCAGACAAGAAUAUAUAUACCAAACAAUUUCGGGUGAAAUCGUCGUUUGCUAUUGGGGACAUAUAAAUUUUCCACUAUAAACAUGCUACGACAAAUUUUUUUUCCUUUUGCGUCGUUCGUUUCUCUGUUCAGCAGAAAAAAAAGAGCAAAGCAGAGGAUUCAACUCGCCAAAAAGUCUGGAACAUUUUAAUGGCUGUUUUCAGCAAUAAUGUAGCAGAAGAAGUUUAUCAUAGCGCAUUGUUCGACAUCAAACUGAGUUUUACUUGAAAAGAGUUCAAACACAAUUAUAAAUGAAAUGAGAAUGCAUUGAAAACCAACAUUCAUAAAUAUUUUCAGCAAAUAAUAACUUAAAGAUGAUUUUGUUUUUCUUUUCUCGUUUCAUGUGAGGGAACAAUUUCAAAUUGGAUCGCAAGAUUAAGUACGUCAAUCCAAUUUCGAUUUUCGUAUUUGAUCUAGUACUCCAUCGCCUCCGAAAUGUCAGAUCAUUAAGCAACGAAUUAAACGCGCGCAACUUGACAGUCGCAGAGAUGGUUUGACUCAAACAAAAAACGUUCACACAGCAUAGUGCACAACGAAGCGAACAGCAUUUUUUAUUCGCAAACAGAGAGAGAGAGAGUAAAAAAACAGAGUGAAGAAAAGAGAUCGUGACAUAUUUUCGUGGUUAAUUGGAAUAAACAUGGAGCAUAACAUUGAACAGAACUUAAGUUUGUACGAGGACAAACUACAGUUUUACUUGGUUUACUCUCCAAAUGAUAGCCAAUUGUCACCGCAUAUGCAGUUCGCUCGUGAGAAACUCGAAGAAAAUGUGAAGGCAAGCAACAUUAAUGAGGUCACACCGGGUAAUUGUGUUGGUUUAUCUGGAAAUUUUACCAAGAAACACAUUGUCGUUUUUGAUGAAUUUGAAGGAGAAUGUUUUGAAGCGAUUAGGCAAACACAAGCGCUUGUUCUCGGUCCAAGAUGUGUUAUCAGUUGCAUGAUGGAUAAUGUGGUAUUACCGUAUAUCGAUUCACCAAUGUACAAUUUGGCCAUGCGCGAUCUGAUAUUGUGUCUGUCAUCAUUUGAUGUUCAAGAGAAGAGAAGGCUGAAGCAACUCAUCGGCUACAUGGGUGGUCGUUGCAUUGACCAAUUAGCUGGAACAGUGACACAUUUGGUAACAGAGAGUGUUAGGACGAGAAAAUAUGAGAUCGCUGUGAUGCAGAAUAUGAAAAUCAUGAAAGCCGCUUGGAUUGACGAAGUGUGGAAGGAAAAUCUGAGCGAAAACAUCCUAGCGACUGACAAAACGUUCGACGAAUAUCAACUGCCGAUAUUCUACAAGCUGAGAGUCACAACGACGGGUCUGACGCGAAGGGAAAAGAAAGAAGUCGAAGAUUUGGUCAAACAAGAAGGUGGAAACUACUUUGGUGAAUUCAGUUCUGGGAAUAUUGACGUUGUCAUAGCCAAAAAGAAUGCCACCGAAACGGCCAAGCUAAAGGCAGCAUUGAAUCAGAAAAAGGACUGUUUGUGCAUCGAAUGGAUUACGGAUAGCGUUAAAAAGGGUGGUGCUCUGCCGAUUGAAGAUUAUCGAAUUGAUUUGCAAGCGAAGAAGCAUACGUCGACACCAGAGAAAGCAUACGCCAAUAGUCCACGGUUUGAAAAUACACAAGCAUCGAAUAUGGAUGUUUCGAAUAUCCCAUUUGCUAGCACGAUAAACGACACGGCAAUGUCUAAUUUGAGCAUCGUUUCGGAUCUUGGCAUGGCCAGUCGAAAACGCAAGAGCAACGAUGCAGCCAAUGAGAACAAGGAUUUGUCCUACAAAGCUGCAUACGGAAAACUCGACGUGAAGGAAGCCAAACGAGCCGGCAACUUUCUCGAUGGAUGCAGCGUUUUCAUGUGUGGAUUCUCAAGCGAAGAAAAGGAAAAGAUCAAUAAAAUCCUGAAUGCCGGUGGAGCAACACGAUUUGAUACAAUCAAUUCGAAUGUGAGCCACAUUCUGAUUGGGAGCCCAUCGAAAAAGGACAUUACAAUGUUGCAAGCAGUCCCAUCAGAUGCUGCUUUGGUAAAACUGGACUGGCUUCUGGAAAGUAUCGCUCAGAAGACAGCUGUCGACAGCGAUAGAUUCAUUUAUCAUUUGAAUGUGGGCAAAUCGAAUGCCGUUGCAGACGAACAAGCCACCGCACCAUCUCCGGCUACCAAACGAAACAUUCUGUUGAUGAGUCAAACAUCAAAACUGAGUACACCAAAGCGUUUGGAUUUCGAUGGCGAUGCAUCAACGGCAAAAGAUCAGUCGACACAUAACGAAUCAACGCUUAAGUCUCAAGAUCAACGGAACAAAAGAGCACAAGCCGAAGAUGACCUCAUCGAUCAGUAUCUGAAGGCACCGGCACCAGCUCAAACUCUAGCACCAGCCAAGGAGCCAGUGGCUGGUCCUAGCAAAACGACGAAUGAUGUGUUCAAAGUGCCAGCUCAGCCAACGGCCAACGAGGAAAGUAGAUUUACGGAUUUCGAAUCAGAAUCGGAAUUCAGCGUCACAAUGAACAAUCAGGUGACGUUUUUGGCAAAUCUCAAGGUAUACAUCAAAGGAUUUGACAUAGAAAGUCAUGAAUCAUUGGUGGAAGAUUGUCGAAUCGCUGGCGCAGAAGUGAUCGAAGACGAUAACUACAAGGGAACAGUCGAUUUUCUCAUCUUGCCUGUGGACGCCAUUACAAUGAAUGGAAUCAAUGUAAAGGCAAAAAGAAUUGUCAAUCAUAAUUGGCUGAUCAAUGCGAAACGAUUGCAUCAAGUCAGCGAAACGGUCAAUUCGGUCGCUGAUCCGAGUCUAGAAAUUCCAUACUUCUACGAGCCAAUUUUCUUUCCAGAGGAUAAACUACCGCUGAUGAAUAUGAACAUCGUGUUCAGCUUAUAUUCAAGCGAUGAACGCUCAUUUCUAUUUCAAUUGGCACAGCUAAUGGGCGCCGAAGUACAAGAGUCCUUCAUUAGAGCGAGCAAACCGCUGCUCAUUUGUCCAGAGGCAAGAAGCGCCAAGUAUCAAGCGGCCAUUAGAUGGAGGCAACCGGUAGUGAAUAAAAAUUGGCUGCUCGACUGUUAUAAAUCGAAAAAACGGAUGGCACUUCGGAAUUAUCUCGUUGGGGAUUCAAUCGCACCCGUCGACGAUAUCGAUGACGAUGAAGAAGUGUUAUGUUCACAAUCAAUAAUGCUGCCUGAUUCAAGAGAUUCAAGCAAGAAUACUCCGGCUAUUCCGAAUCGUCGGGUGGAACAACUUCGAGGUGGUUCGAAACCAUCGAAUACAGCUCCGGACUCACCCAUAAUUCCGCAAUUCAAUCCGGAAGUGUUGAACGAAUUGGACACACCGACUCGAAACUCGAUCCUGCAACGAUUCAAGGAAUUAGACGAGGAAACGCCGCAAACAAAGCGUCGUCGUUAUGAGCAGGCUGGUAUCAAGACGCCAGAAUGCGCUACAACACCAUAUUGGAUGGAAUACAAGCGGCAACAAUUGGAGGAGCGUCGAACGCGUCACGCUCCAACUCAAGAGCAAAUUGAACAGAUUAAAAAGCGAACGCCAUGGUCAGAAGUGAAGCGCAGCUUAUGGAAAGAGGCAUUAGGCGAUGAGUACGAGAGUCCCAGCCAAUGCUACAAUUCCAAUAUUCAGCCGGAUGUGUCACAUGUUAACGAUAGCGUGGUAUCGCGACCAACUGGCAGGGUGUUGAACUAUGACCAACCGGGCACAUCAGGAGAAACAGAAGCCGAUGAACACAUCCAGGCACUGGCUGAUUUCAUCAGCAAAGGCAAACAAGGCAAUGACCAACAACAACAGCAAUACGCUGAUGUGCCAAACACAGCAACAUUCGAAUCAGAGAUGAUGAAUACAGAACAACAUGAGGUUAUCGGUUGGCGUGAUCCAAGUGAAGUAAUUGAAGAUACACCGAAACGUAAUGCAAGGCCAAAGAGCGUGCCAUGCUUUAGUAUAUCAUGCACAAGUGAUGAUCUGAAAAAUAAACUCCUCAAACAAAUCCAAGCGCUGAAGGGAAAGGUGUGCGGUAAUUUGAUGAAAUACGAUAGCGCAUGCACGCAUUUUGUGUGCGAGAAACCAAGUCGCAGUGAAAAAAUGCUGAGCUGCGUUGCAGCCGGCAAAUGGGUGCUUGGCUUGAGCUACAUCGAAAAGAGCUACGAGGCAAAUAAAUUUCUCGAUGAAGAAGAAUUCGAAUGGGGCAAUCCGAAAGCAAAAAAUCUGCCGCACAUUGAAGGCGCCAAUGAUUUAUCGAUUGCACAGGCAGCGCAUCGCUGGCGAAAAAAGUUACAACCGAUCAUCAUUCCAUCGGCAAAGGGAAUUUUCAAGGAUUUCCGUGUAAUUUUGAAAGCGGCCAAACAUGAAAGUAUGCGAACAUUGAUUGAAGCUGGACGCGGACAGAUUAUCGAUGUUAACCCAGAUUUGCCGCUGGACAAGCAAAUGACCUUAUUGGUCGAUGCUACGCAUAUUCUUUGCCAACAGAAUUAUGCAAAAUUCACACCAAACGAAAUCAAAGCGCUUGAUGAGGCAAAUGUGCAUCGGGUGAAUGUUAACUAUCUGCAGGCGUGUAUUACAAACGAAACUACACCAGAUGUUAAACAAUUUUCAUUUAAAAGCAAAGUUUGAUUUUGAAAAUCGUUCCAUUUAAAAGCAAACUCAUUAUAAUUGUUACAAAUAUACACAUACUACGUACUACAUACACACAUACUCAUUCAUUCGUUGAAAUUGUUAAAAUUGUUAAAUAACAUCAGAUAUCAUUUUAGAAAUUUCUUGCAUAAAUCAAAAAUCAAUUUCCAUUAAACAACAAACAAACAAACAAAAAACUCAAACAUUAGAUUGUAGUGAUAAAAAUCAUUGAAUUUUAUGAAGCAUAAUCCAUAAUGCGAAUAGUUUUUUUUAAAUCGUAAUAAAAUUGAUUUCAAUGUGAAAAGUUAUGGGAGAUCACAGGAAAAAAAGAAGAAAUCUGUUGGAAAUAAAUAAUAAUUUUAAAUACA